UCCGCACUGCGAGAUUUUCAUUUGCCAGAGAAUUCGAUUUUUCUCCGCGACUGAUUAGGCACGGUGCAAAGAUUUAUGGCAGUUGUGGUACUUUUUGACUUUCUAAUUAAAUUGGUUUAGUAGUGAUUUGGGUAUAACUGAAUAUUUAGAAAAAUGUCUCUCUUUGGUUCUCUAUUGGGAGACGUGGAAGAUGAAUCGUUUUUUGGUUCACAAAUGAGCCACAUGCGUCACAUGAACAACAUGAUGAACUCAUUACUGUCAGACCCAUUCAGCAUGCUGGGGGGUGGUCCGCUGGCUAUUGGGGGGCCGCGCCAUGGUAACUCCCUGAUGCCCUUCAUGCCGCAGAUGCCGCCGCUGAACAGACUCUUUGGAGGCGGUAAUUUCCUGAACGGGCCAAUGGGGGUCGGCAGCUCGUUCAGUAGGAGCACCAUUGUCAUGUCCAGUGGACCCAACGGCCAGCCACAGGUUAUCAGCUCCUCCAGCAGCACCAAGUAUGGCCCCAACGGGAUCAAGGAAACCCGCAACACUCUGCAGGACUCACGCACUGGCACCAAGAAGAUGUCCAUCGGUCACCAUAUUGGUGAACGCGCGCACCUGAUAGAGCGCGAGCAGAACUACUACUCCGGAGACGCUGAGGAACGCCAGGAGUUCAUUAACAUUGAUGAAGAGGAGGCUGAGGAGUUUGACAGAGAGUUUCAAACUAAGGCUGGUGCUGCUCAGAUGCGUUCUCGCGAGGCUAUCGCCGGCAGGCGCUCGCCCCAGCUUCUCGCACUGACCGCGCCCCCCGCCCCCGCCCCCGCCCCCGUCUCUCCCCCAGGGUAAGUUCCCUACAUACAC